CGGGUGGCGUGUUGGGAGUUGGGUGUUGGGAGGUGUCGUAGCAGAUGCGGAUGGGGUUGGAAGGGGUCAAGAGCUUGUGGUGUGUUUGUGCGCGCGCUGGAGUCUUGUUUUUCAACAAGACCGCAAGCAGCCCUGGGAGCCCCUAGGUGCUGCUGCUGCUGGGGCAACAGCUAAAGAGGUGUUGUGUACCGGUAAACACGAGCAUUGUUGGUGGUGGUAUGAGUACUGGUCUACUGGAGCAUUGCUGCUGUUGUUGUUUCGGGUGAAGCCAGCAGAUGCUGGUAGUAAAGGGCUUGGUAAUGGCUUUUUCCUUGAUGUGCUGCGCCGCCUGGCCCUGUGUGGUCAUUCGCUAGCCGGAUAUGUGCAAGCCUGCUGUAGGCUGUAGGGUGUGGGGGUGAUGGGGGAGGUAAGGUUAAAGCCCGCCUAGUAGCUCGGCGCGGGUCGGUGGGUGGCGCGGCGUCAUGACUAUUACACCAGAUACUGCAGAACCGAACGAACUGGGAAAGCGGCAAGUCAGAUGGGGUGUUCCCGCUCCCAUUUUGGCUCCCCUGGAGUCAAGCCUCCAAGCCUCCAGCCACCCAGCACCGCUUUUGGUCUUAUAAAACGGUAAUCCCUUUAAACAAGC